UUGUUCCCAAAGACCACAAAUAAGAGUACCCUCCAGUUCCUACAAUCAUACCAAUGGAACAAAUAGUUGUUUUUCAUAUUUGUCGAUCUUUUAAUUAGCUGUUUUUAAUCUGACAUCGUCUAACAUGCACCGCUGCAUGUUAAGGUUUUCUGAGCUGCCCUGGCAGUGUCCAGUGCGUUGUGUGAGCUCCUCUGCAGGGAAGAGGAGAGCCGUGCACAGCUCCUUCCCUGUUCUCAAUCUACCCCUCCAUCCCAUCCAGCACCACGUCUACGAAGCAAACCUGAGAAACAGCAACGCCUGCCUUAAGAAGUAUACAGAGUUAAGAGAAAAAGUGAAAAAAGGGGGAGGAGACAACGCCAUCACAAGACACACAAAGAGAAACAGGAAGCUGUUGGUCAGGGAUCGGCUGCGUCUCCUCCUGGAUGACGAGGACUUCCUGGAGCUUUCGCCGUUUGCCGGUUUGGGUCUCCCGUAUGGAGACAUCCCUUCCGCCGGCUGCCUUACAGGCAUUGGCAGGAUUAGUGGCUUGUGGUGUGUUUUCAUUGCCAAUGAUGCUACUGUGAAAGGCGGCACAGCUUAUCCAAUCACUGUGAAGAAGCAACUACGAGCUCAAGAAAUAGCGAUCCAGAAUCGGCUGCCUUGCGUUUAUCUGGUCGACUCUGGAGGAGCCUUUCUCCCGCUGCAGUCUGAGAUCUUUCCUGAUAAGAACCAGGGAGGGAGGACAUUCUACAAUGAAGCCAUUAUGUCAGCCAUGAAGAUCCCCCAGGUGGCUGUGGUGUGUGGUUCCUGCACUGCGGGUGGAGCGUACAUCCCAACCAUGGCAGAGGAGGCGGUGAUGGUGCAUCAGAUAGGCACCAUAUUCUUGGGAGGACCCCCACUGGUCAAAGCUGCUACAGGCGAGGAAGUGACACCAGAGGAGCUGGGAGGAGCCAGGCUUCAUGCUGAGGUGAGUGGCUGUGUGGAUCAUUUUGCGUGGGAGGAGAAAGAAGCAUUCGACUACACAAAAAAUAUCAUAUCUACCUUCAACUUCCAACUCCCGGAUGAAGAGGAAGACAGGAGCAAGAGGAAGGCAGUGGAGGAGCCUUUGUACAGUUCAGAGGAGCUCAUGGGGCUCGCUCCUCGCGGUUAUAACUACAGUCUGGAUGUUAAAAUGAUAGUUAGUCGCCUGACAGAUGGGAGCCGCUUUCAAGAGUUCAAAGCUCUUUAUGGAACCACUCUCGUCACCGGCUUUGCAAAGAUCCAUGGCCACUUGGUGGGAAUAGUUGCCAAUAACGGAGUUCUGUCAUAUGAGGCUGCUCUGAAAGGAAGUCACUUCAUCCAGCUGUGCGACCAGAGGGACAUCCCAUUAAUCUUCCUUCAGAACACGGCGCCUACUGAAGCGCUGACGCUGUCAACAAAGCAGGCGGAGAUAAACAGUAACCGACUAAAGGCUCAAGGUUCAAUGAUGGCAGCUGUGGCGUGUGCUUCCGUUCCUAAAAUCACGGUGGUUACUGGUGGUUGCCAUGGAGCUGACAGCUAUGCGAUGUGUGGACGGGCGUUUGAACCGAAUUUUCUCUUCCUGUGGCCCAAUGCCAGAGUGUCCGUGACUGCUCCAGGACAUGUUGGAGCUCUGCUUCCUCGUGAUGACUAUGAGGAGGAGGAGAAGCUGAACAGGAGGCUGGACGAAGAGAGUUCUGCUUUCUUUUCCUCUGGCAGAAUGUGGGACGAUGGAGUCAUUUUGCCUCAGGACACCAGACAGAUUCUUAGAGACUCUCUGGACAUCAUCAAACAGCAGCAUUAUCAGCUGUCUACAAAGAAAUCUCAGUCCAUGCUCCUACGUAUGUAGAAGCAUCAGUGCUCACCUCACCUUUUAGAUUCUGAAAAUGAUUUGCUGCUGGACUCUGUGGUUAAAGUUCCAAUAAGCUCUCCAGCUAUACAGGAAGGAUAUUUGCCCAUAUGAGGAGAUUGAGGUCAGAUUUCUAUGUGAUAUUAAAACGAGUGUGUUUUUAUGCACUCAUUUAGAUUUAA